AACUGUCAAGGGAUGAAAAUAGGUUCUUGAUUCACCAUGGCACUAGCAGCAGUAAAAUGGGCCAUAUCAAACAGAACUAUCUUGAAACAUUUAUUUUCAAUUCAAAACAGAGCUUUAUAUUGUUUUCAUCAUAAGUCUACAUAUUCUUCUCUUCCAGAUGACUAUAAUUGCAAAGUAGAGCUUGCUUUGACAUCUGACAACAGGACAAUAGUAUGCUACCACCCAUGUGUGGACAUUCCAUAUGAACACACAAAACCUAUCCCUCGACCAGGCCCUGUACAUAAUAAUGAAGAAACACAUGAUCAAGUACUAAAAUCCAGAUUAGAAGAAAAAGGUGAACACUGUGAGCAAGGACCCAUGAUAGAACAACUUAGCAAAACGUUCUUUACUACUAAGCACCCGUUGGUAUCCUCGUGGAUAGUAUCAUAG